AUGGAGUACCUCGAACUGUACUCCAGACCCCAUCUGAAUGGCCAGGAUUCAAUUUCGGCAUGCGACAUGCUGCAAUGGAUACAAGCAGACCGUGGAGUCGCUCAGAGAAUCACUUCGCUCCGCUACGAGGAUCACCGACACAAGAAGCUCAGUCCGGACCAUGCCUCGAAGCUACAGGCCAUCACAAAAAAUCCAGAGCUCUUCCAGCCAGCAGGUCAAUUAGAUCACGUUCGGCCACUUGUUAAUAAGUUGCUCCAAGAGGGCUCGAGCGAAGACGGCGAUCUCCUGGCGUUGACAGUUCUCCUCCUGCUGCUUCCCAACCUCGAGUCAUUGAAGCUCUCCACCUACGCGUAUGGUUACAACUUGGACAUCAUUGACAAAAUGGUGCUUGGCAUCAGCCAGUCCCACAGGACUGCACCACCAGACCGCCCACUGCAAAAGCUCUCUCAUGUCACAUUCGAAGCCCUGGAAAUGGGCACGCUCCCCAUCCAACAUCUCCUGUCCUUUUCCGCAAUCCCAUCAGUACGGAAGCUUAGCGGCGACUGCAUCACCGCUGAUGCCUUCGCAUGGCGCCUCGGUGACCUCGAUUCCAGCGCCGAGGAAGUCGAGUUCAAGAGCUCAUUCAUCGAUGCCGAGAGUCUGCAGGCCAUCCUUCCACAUCUACCAGGGCUACGAAUUUUCAAGUAUGAGCAUGGGCCUACUGUAUUGAACGAAACGAGCCGUUUCGAGCCCUCGGAGUUCUUCGAUGUGAUGGCGAGCUGCCUGGCGAACAGCAUCCGAGACGUCAAAUUCACCUUUUCCAUGCCUGAAGAUGCACAUUUCCCGCGUCUUGGGUCGGCGUUCCUCGGCUUCAAAGAGCUGCGGAAACUAGACACCCACGUCGAGUUCCUGCGCGAUGCGGUACCGGACGGUGUGACAGACGACUCAGACGAAGACGAGGCGCUAGAGUCAGGCUUCCACAGCGUAGACAGCGAUAAAGAAGAUGAGGAUAGGCUGCUACCCCUCGUAGCUAUCCUUCCGCCGUCUUUGGAAUUGCUGAGGUUGAAGGUGGGUCCUCCAUACAUGGGCGAGGAAGUCGAGGCGCUGUUCGAGGACUUCCCAGCGCUCAAGGAGACCAAAUUGCCGCGACUCCGCCAGAUUAGCAUGACGUAUAUCGACAUUGAUGUCGCGACGGAGAUUAGGGAGAUGUGCGCCGAGGUGGGCGUUAAGGUGUGCUUCCGUAGCUGA